UGGACAGUUGUAAUUUGAAACAUUUGGAAUUGCUGUGUUUGCGUCAUCUCUCUUCAACAACAACAACAACAUUUGGUAGAGAAAUGGCAGAAAAUGGGAUCAAAUUCUUUGAACUAAACACAGGAGCUAAGAUCCCUUCUGUCGGAUUAGGUACUUACGGUGCCAAACAUGGUGUUAUCCAAAACACUGUCACUACUGCCAUCAAGGUUGGAUAUAGACAUAUUGAUUGUGCUUCAAUGUACAACAAUGAGAAAGAGAUUGGUUCUGCUCUCAAAAAAGUGUUUAACGAGGGUAUGGUGAGACGUCAGGACGUAUGGGUCACCUCAAAACUCUGGUGUACUGAUCACUUGCCUGAAGAUGUACCAAAGGCAUUGAAUAAAACUCUGCAGGAUUUGCAACUGGACUAUGUCGAUCUCUAUCUAAUACAUUGGCCCGUGAGUGCAAAAAGGGGAGCAAUGGUUGUGAAGGGAGAAAAUCUUACGCAACCAGACAUCCCUGCGACAUGGGGAGCAAUGGAGGCACUCUAUGAUUCCGGUAAGGCUAAGGCUAUUGGAGUGAGUAAUUUCUCAGCAAAUAAGCUCCGGGAUCUAUUGGAAGUGGCACGUAUAACUCCUGCAGUCAAUCAGGUGGAGCUUCACCCUGUAUGGCAGCAGCCACAGCUGCAUGAAUUUUGUGAUUCCAAGGGGAUUCACUUGUCGGGGUAUUCACCAUUGGGUUCUCAAGCCGGAGAGAAUGUGAGGAAGAAGGUGUUGGACAAUCCUUUUGUUAAAUGGGUGGCACAGGAAGUAGGGAAAUCGGCAGCGCAAGUGGCGCUACGUUGGGGACUACAAAUGGGUCAUAGCGUACUUCCGAAGAGCAUAAGUGAGGCGAGGUUGAAGGAAAACCUUGAUGUAAUUAACUGGUCUAUACCUCAAGAGUUGCUUCCAAGGUUUUCUCUUAUUGAACAGGAGAAGUUAAUAAAAGGCGAAUCAUUCGUGCACGAGUCCUACGGUGCAUAUAGGACUAUGGAAGAACUCUGGGAUGGUGAAAUCUGAGGAAAUAUAGCAAGUGUUUGAUUUGAUCACUGUUUUUCUCUCUUUAUGUAUAAUUUUCUUCCAUGUUCAUUGAAAAUUCUUGGGAUAUAGUCAUGUAGACAAUCCACCCCUCCGCUCUAAACUUUUCUUUUAAUUUCUUUUGUGUAAUUUUAACUCAUUAUAAUAAGAAUCCUUCAGUAA